AUGAUGGUCCAGACAACAUCGGACCGAGUUCUAGGGUUUGAUUUUGAUUGUGCCCAAACAUUACUCGCUCACGAAAGAAAACAGAUUCACGUGGACUGGGUGGAGAUUGAGAUGCAUUUAGUGGAUGAUUUUACUAAGGGCCUCGCGGAAGAUGCCAAGAUCGGGAGAAUCGAUGCUACAUGGACCUACUAUUACCAGCAGAAAGCGGACUUAUGCGAAGGAAAUUUUCAAUAUCUGACGAACAAUUUUGUGGCCAGUGGCGAGCAGACUUAA